CGUUGCCAUUCCGGCAACAUCGGGACGUCAGUGUCCUCCCCUACUCGGUAGCACCACUUUGUGCAUACCUUUACUCGCGUCGAUUCCAUCGCGAGCUAUUCGAACUCUCGAGUGUCCGCGAAAAGAGUGCGGAAUAACAUUGAAAACAUUCAGUGACCAAGAAACUGAUGUUUUACGGUUUGGAGGUGCAGUCGAGCAGUGAUAAAUAAAAGCAUGCUUUAAACGACAACUGACAGAAACUCGUACAGACAGAUCAAGUAAAAGUUUUCUUUCGAAUUCCGUGUAAACAUAAGCGCCGAAGAAUGACCACGGAGUCGCUGUCGCGCGAGCUGGACGCUCAUAUAGUGACACUUCUGACGAGGAUCUCCGCGCUGAAAGAAAACCACGCGGAAUUAACGGAGAGAAAGGCGCCUAUGUCCAUCGAGGCACGGAGCUUAGAACUGUGGAGAGCAGUGGCCGUCGAGUGUUUCGCCACUUUCCUCUUCAGCCUCGUGGUGUCUGGCGCGGCUGCGUCCUCCGUGGUCUCGGGAAGCGGACUCUGCGUCUUGGCCACCGCCGUGGCGUCAGGAUUCGCGAUCGCUGCGAUCUCGAUGAUCUUCGGCCACAUCAGUGGUGGCCACGUGAAUCCAGCUGUCUCGAUGUCCUUUGCUUUGUGUCGACGGAUUUCUCUGCUUCGGGCUGCUCUGUACAUCGCUGCACAAUGCGGAGGCGGCAUAGCUGGCGCCGCGAUGCUCUAUGGAGUAUCUGCGCCAUCCAACACGCAGACCCUAACAUCUCCAGGUCGUCUAGGUGGGGCUAUCGAGCGACUGUUAGUGGAACUGGCACUUUCGGUGCUGAUCGUUUUGGCCCAUUUCACUUCUGAAUCGACCAAACCGCUGUCGAUCUCCAUGGCCUCGAAACCAGCAGGCGUUUUGGCCGCAGCAUACACAGCGUCCACCUUAGUUUCGAGUCCAUUCCUGAACCCUGCCCGAGCUUUGGGGCCUGCGUUCGUGACCAAUCGUUGGGACAACCACUGGGUUUACUGGGUGGGACCAUUGUCCGGAAGCGCGAUAGCCGCUUUGUUGCACGAGUACGUGCUGAGUCCGAGACGGACCAGGGAUCCACGCGACAUGGACGACGGCGACAAUUCCUCGUUGAGGUCGGACGAGGACACCUACGACGACCUGGACAAACCAACCGGACCCAAAUUUCCCAGCGCGUACGCCACCUAUCGCCCAGUCGCUGGGGUCCCUGCGUCGAUCUACAGCGCGCCUCCGUCAGCCUUGGAUCGCGUCGAGUCCAUUUAUGGAGGGACCAAGUCCCUCUACUGCAAGUCACCACCUCUAACACGCGCAAAUUUAAACCGUUCCCAGAGCGUCUACGCCAAAUCUACCACUGGCACUCGGGACGGUCUGAUGAUCCCGAAGCCGGGACCGCUGGUGCCUGCUCAGAGCUUGUACCCCAUCAGAAUCGGACAGACAGCCUCUCAAAACACUAGGGAGAACAAUCAGCCACCAACUGGGCCCGGCGGACAGGCCCAGAGCACGCAGAACCACAACAGCACUAAUCAAAACAUGCAGAAUCAGUUGCAGCAGUGCACACAAAGCAUUUACGGUAUCAGGGGAAUCUCCACGAGUCUAAGCAACCGAGAGAACGGGAUCUACGGGGUGUCCACGGGAUCUAGCAUCUACGGACGUGCCCCUGCUCCUCCUCCAGGUGUUCAGAACACCUCUCAAUCGGUAUCCAAUUCUCAGUCCACAGGACAGAAUCAUCAUCCACAGCAACAGCAGCAGCAGCAGCAACAACAACAACAACAGCAGCAGCAGCAGCAACAACAACAACAACAGCAACAGCCACCGCAACACCAGAAUGGCACGAUAACAGCCACCUCUGACAACGCUGCCAAUUCUAGGAGACCCGAAAGCAUGUACGGACAUAUCUCUAGGCGCAGCGAUGACUCUGCGUACGGUAGCUAUCAAGGUUCCACACGGGGAAAUUAUGGCAAAGUUCCUGGACCACCUCCAGGACCGUCUGGCCAACCUAACGGCCCACCUGGUCCACCACAGUACCGCGAGCAAGGCAGACCCAGUCCAGUGGGACCCUUGCAGCAGAACCAACAGACCAGUUUUCAGAAAAAUUCACCGAAUCCUCAAUACUGACUAUAGGCUCGAAGCUUCUCUGCUGACGUUUGUUGGGUACAGCUGUUGCGUGAUCAACAGUAGCGAAGAUUAUUUCACCGGUCAGUGGCUGUUUGUGUCGGACUUCAUGACAAGGUUGAACGAGAAUCUCCAACUGCUGGGAGACCCUUAUUGGGAUUCGUCUACGUUGAUUAUAAGUAACGAGUACAGUUUAGCGAGUGAGGAAGGUUGGGGAGGCGUUGACGAACAGUAGACACGUGCCAUUUUUGUAGUGUGAUGAAAGGAAACGAGAGAGAGGCCGAUAACGAUGACGGAUUAAGAGGUUUCAAAAACUUUAGGGGAAUAACUUUUCACUAUUUCUCGCUUGCAGUGGAACCAGUCUUAUCUUAGCGGUGAUAGCGUUGUCAGAUAUACAAAUUUGUACCGACGUUCGUUAAUACACCUUUAUUAAUUAGCGGAACCUGAAUGAAAAUAGUAUCUAGAUUCCAGGUCGGAAAAGGUUAAAAGUUCGCUAGAUGGAAUCGGUGUUUGUUAUUCUAAGAAUGGAACUCGAUUGGAAGAGAGGAACAGUUUGUUUAGAAUUAUUUCCUACCAGUAUUGGGAAUUUAACGGAAAUAAUUUGGAACAAUCGCUGUAUGUAACUGAAAUUAACUCUCCCAAUUGAGAAAAUUGCAAAGGGUUAAAUGAUAAUUGAAGAGCGAAUGUGGUUCAUUUACAGCGCUAUCAUACGGCUAUUGUUGGAACUCGACACACGACUCUUGGUAUAAAUCAUCAUGACUAUUACCGUUGCCACUCACGAUGAACUGAUUUUAAAUUUCAGUCGUGAUCAGUCAUUUGAUAAACUUUUGAAACUUUGGCUAACAAACGACAAAUCAGCUGAAUCGAUUACCUGUAAUCGAUAUACCAUAACAAGACUGAUCUCAUAAAUAUUUUUAUACGUCACAAUUAGACGCGUCGAAAAGACUGCUGGAGGUAGCUCCACUUUCCGGUAAUUUGAGUUAAGCGAAAAAAACGAAUUAAAAAUCAAGUUCUUUUUCAUCUGUUCUAUAAUUUCGUAGUCAAUUGAUAUUUGGAGUAAUAAAUACGACUAGUGGAUAUUAAAACCACCUUCCUAUACCUUCCUUUCAACGAGUACGAUGUGCCUUUUUAUAAAAAAAAGAAGAAAAUGUUUAUUCCUACUUCCCCGCGUUAUGACUCAUUGGUAGCACGUUUCUUUUAUAAACAAAAUAUAAAUAUAUUGUAGAGCUACCUCUUUAUUGCGUCUAACAUAUUGGACAUGCAAUGCCAUCUAUUCAGAAACCAUACUAUUACUCGUGCUAACUCCAUCUUCACCAAGUGAAAUAUUACAUUUCCUAAGAUGGAGCUGUCUCCUUAUUCCUGCAAACCUUCGUGUUUGUAUAAUCUACAACGAUCGACUUCCGGUCUAGCGAAAUGAAAAAGAAACUGUAUAAUAUCCGGAAGCAAAUAGGGAUACAUCGUGUAUAUUGCACGAUGUGCGUUAGGGCGGUAUUAUUUUGAGAGACAUACGAUAAAUUCGAUAUAAAUAUUAUAAAAGUAAUGCUACUAGGGAAUACAGAGAAGUCGAUAGAACUUCGAAGAUGACAAGUGUUUUGUAUAUAUUAUAUAAUAUUAAACUUUGUAUUUAUUAUUUUUAUUGUAGCAAUAGGAUUUCGAUAACGGUAACGUUCAUGUAUGUACGUAAAUAGAAAAACUCGACAAUAAACUAUUCGGUAAGACAAUUAUCACAUUCCCCUUUUUUUCUCUGUUGUGAAGAUAGUCCAGCAAUGUGAACUCGUGUAAGAGGUAACAAGAAAAAAGUUAUUAGAUGAAGU